GUGUAUCACUCCAAGCAGGUCGGCGCAUGGGAGCGGAAUCGCGGUGGCGAGGGCGUGCAGUGGCGUCGGGCUCACGGGCGCGUGCAGGUCAUCAAAACGUCAGGGUUUUCUUUGAAGGCCAUUGCCAACAACGCGGUGGCGGGAGAAGACAACCCGUACACGAGGGAGUACGCCAAAUACACGGCGAAGAAAUGCGCUACGCAUGCAUGCUUUGCGAACUACAAGGAGGAGGAGAUCAGGGUGGGAGCAUGGGGGGCAACGCACGCACUGCAUGGGUUUGCAUGCGUGCACGACGGCGUCGAGAGCGACAUCGACGACUUGACGGAGGACGGCAACGUGCACAUCGACACUGUCUGCAGCCGAGACAAGCAUGGCCUUCUCAGGAAUGCCAUCGAGGUGGGCGUCAAGUUCGCGGUCGUGAAGUGGGUUGUCCACGCAGCGUUGCCGAGCGCUGCUCAUGUCGCCGGCGGUGCCCUGAACACCGUGCAGCAGACGUCCGAAGGCGAGACAUGGUACCAUAACCUUUUGAGCAUCGUCGACGCCGCGUCGCCCAUGGGCCCGCAGCCUGACUUCAAAGAGGUGACCAAGAAGGUUUUGAAGUCUCAACCCCCCAGGGCUGUGGACGUGCCAGACAUGGUCGAGUACGUCAAGAAGUGGGGCGGCAUGCCCAGCGGCGGCUUGAUCAAGGAGCUCACGCCUCUUCUGGACCACUUCGCGCCUUCCGACCGCGCGGUGUCAGGCAGCAUGUUCAAGGCUGUGGCUGAUUUGAAAUUCCCUAUUGACGCCAUGCCUGCACGCGUGAUAAAUGCUGUGCUCUUUCGGCACGCGGCGUCCGACGAGAACGUGCACGACGGCUUCGCCAGGAACGUCACGAGCAAGGACUUGGCUACGCUGAGCAAGCCUGAGAAGCGCGCCACAGUGAUGAAGGCGAACGGCGCCCUCAUGCGCGCCAAGGCGAUGCUCGCCGAGUCGUCCAUGGACCCAGCCGCCGUGGAGGCGACCAAGGGCGAUCUGAUGAUCGAAGUCGUAGGCUUCCAUCUCGAGAGGAACAAGGACAAGGGCAAAGGCAAGGGCGUCGGCAAGGACAAAGGCAAGCAGCCCACCAGUCUGCAGGCGAUCCUCGAGAAGUUCGUAAUGAAGCUGGGCGAGGGCGCGGCGGCGAUGCAGCUGCCAGCCGAUGUCGCUGAAUAUCCUUCGGCAUCUGGCGGCGCGAACUUCGUGCAGCGCACCGAGGGCGGCGAGACGUCGGGCCUGGGCAAGACGACCGCGCUCAACAAGGACAUCGCGGAGGGCGUGCACCUGCAACUUCGCAAGCCCCGUGCUGUCGUGUCCGCUGCAAUGCAGGACAUGUGGAAAAUCGUCGACGUCUCGGAUGGCGGGGUGGUCAGCUUCAAGAUGGUGAAACCAGAUGGCACUAUUGACGACACGACAAUUUCCAAGACAUUGUCGGACAUCGAGGAGACGUACAAGACGUGCAAGGCGAAGGAGUUCGUAGGAGGCUACCCUGGCAACGAUGCGGCCAACGACAAGGACAUGGCCAACCAUGAGUUCAAGGGCAUGGUGUUUGGCGCCUUGAACGCGCUCCUUCGGAAGUACGGCGUGCAGAGCGCGCUCCCCAUGCAAAGGCCAUGCAGGGCAGCCCUGGCGUCCAAGGCGUUCGGCGUGGGAAGUUACGUCGCCGUGCCUGCUUCUCGGUCAAUUGCACCGCAGUCCGAGACCAUCAAAACGUGCCCGCCCAAGGCAAUCGAGGCCGCCAUUCCAGUCGACGGCGCGCCGAAGAUGUUCAUCAUGCCAACGCCUCCGACCGACGAGUUCACGUGCCAGUUCUGGUGCAUGCGAGUGGAGUCCGGCAAGUCCUUGUGCAACUGCGAGCUCAAGGAGUUCAGUGCGAGGUGGGGGGGGGGGCGCCCCGUGGUUGGUGAUCGGAGCGUCAGCCCGAACAUUGACAUCGUCAUCCUUUGCGCGACGAACUUCAAGAAAGUCGCCGCUUACGAUGAGCUCGUGCUUCACAUGGAUGCCGCGGAGACUAAGACGAAGGACACAAUCUCGGGGCCCGUCCUCGAGUCCAAGAGGGUGUUCGCAGAGAUGGCUUUCCGCAUCGAGCCAGCGGUGCGCGUCACCAGCGACGAUGGCGCCAGCGUGUACCUCUGCGCACGCGAAGUUGAGGGCGAGAGGUUUUUCAAUUUGUCCAAGGGCAGGGUUGCUGACCAGCUGUUCCUACACGGCCUCCGCAGCAAGGAAUGCGACAGGCCAGUCAGUCGGACGACGAUUGUCCAGGACAUCCGUCAGCUCAAGGACAGUCUGGUGUACAAGGAGUGCAAGGCCAAGAACAAGCGUUGGAAUCGGCAAUCGAGCGUGCUUCUCAUCACGGCUGAGGACUCGUUCAAGGAGAUCACGCUGCCUGCCGUUGGCGAGGAGCCCUCCCGCAACAUGAAGGUCGUCCUUAACAAGCCUGGCGCGCCUGACCUUCUCGCGGAGCUCGACACCGACACGCUCGCGUACCUGGGGAGGGUGAUGCUGGCGCAGUUCAACGCUCAUGACGGUGUCACCCCAAAGAAAGAUAGGGACCCCUUGUUCGAGCACAUGUGCCUCGCGAGCAUGGGCGUCACCACGAAGAACGGUCGGGACUGCGUUCGGGCAUUCAAGAAGUUGGGCGAGAACGGCAAGGCCGCCAAGUACAUCAGGCUUGACGAGCACGAUCAUUCGCUGGAGAAGGCUGCGCAGCGCGCCCAGUCUUGGCAGCUCGGCGAGGUCGCGCCCCAAGGUCAUGCCGAUCAGCCUGAUGAGGGCGUUGGCCAGGAAAGCGAUCAAGAUGCCGACCAGCCUCAAGAGCCCGAUCAAGAUGCCGACCAGCCUCCAGAGCCCGUUGAGACGCCUGUGAAGGCGGAGCGCGGCAUCAAGCGCUAUUUCACUCCCCGCGCGCCCAGCCUCAUCGCCAAGUGA